GGAUGCAUCGCGAAACGGGCACAAUUUCUAGACAGACCCCGACCUGCUAGAACCCACAAUUCCUGCCCUAAGAGGACCCAACUGCCAUCCGUCGGGAGGGGACCAGGAUCGCUGAAAAAGUUCGCAUCAUGGUCCAGUCGCUAGUCCCACCACAACGCCAGCAGCUCCGUCGCCACUGCACGCGCUCUUGCCAGUGCUGAGAAGAUGUCGUCGUUUGCGUUGGAGGAUUUUGUGGGAAAUGGUGUGCUGCGGGACCAGAUGGAGAGUUUGAUGGCGGAUGGGUGGGACGAUGUUCCUACCCUGAAAGUGAUGAGUAGAGAGGAUAUGGAUCUACUUCAGCUCAGCCAGAUGCAGCGGGACGCUUUGGAACUGCGUACUUACCUCCAUGAUAAACUGCUCAUGGAAUAUGCCGAUACGUUGGAGGCCUCCGGGAAGAAUUUGCAGGAGCUUCUGAAAAGCAGUCCUUCCGAGCUGUCUAGCGAGUACAAGAUGAAGAGAGGUCAUGUGGCAAGGUUCUUGGACAGGGGUAGUGCUUGCGGUAUUCAGGUGCCCAACGAUCUCGUCAUUCCUGCACGGAAGGCCACCGCCGCUCAUCACGGGGGAGCCUCUCUGUCCCCUCCGAGAUCCAUGUCGGUGUCACCACCCAGACAGAGACGCUCUGAAUCCAGCAAUGCCAGCUAUGCAGAUUCGAGAGCUUCCCCACCUGAGGAACAACCAGAGCACAAGCCACCCGUGAUAGUUAGACCUAUGACUUCACAGGCACCUCCGGCCAGCCACGCGAUUUUCUCAGCCCCAAAGGUGGAGCCCCGGCUUUGCGGAUUAGUGAAGCUGGGAGUGAUGAAGGAGGAAGUGACACCUCUCUCGGCCCUGGAGAAUAUUAUGAUCCAGAAGCUGGCGCCGCAGCAUAGCAAGGGUGUCAAUCCCUUCAAAGGAAAAGAGCCCAUUCAGUUGGCUGCUCCGUUCAAGGCUUCUCAGUUGUGGGCCGAGAAGCCCACCCUCAUUCUGUGCCUACGCCGUCCAGGGUGCGUGAUGUGCCGCGCCGAAGCUCACCAAUUGUAUGCCAGGAAGCCCAUUUUUGAUGCGAUGGGCAUCCAAUUGGUGGUCGUGCUCAACGAACACAUCGACGCCGAAGUGCGGCAGUUCUGGCCCCGCUACUGGGGUGGCAUGGUGGUGGCUGACACCCACCGGGACUUCUUCAAGGCGCUUGGACAAGGAGAGCUUCCCAAGGAAGGAUUCGUCACAGGGUUCCUCCUCAACAGCAUUGCCAAAGCCAACUACAAGCGAGCCAAAGCCACUGGGGUUGAAGGCAACUAUGCCGGCGAGGGCACCAUCAAGGGAGGCUUGUUCAUCAUGCGCCCUGGAAAUGGGGGUGUCGCUUACCAGUUCGUUGAGCGGAACUUCGGCGAUUGGGCACCAAUCGAAGAAGUCCUCGAAGUCUGCGGCAACAUUCAGAAUCGGUGAUGAAUUCAAUCUCGAAAGUUGUGGAUUCAUUUGUACAGUAACACCAAGCUGCACAAUAGUAAACCAUUAUGUUAUUAUACAAAUUUUUUUUAGGUGACUGAACCAUAGGAUUUUACACGACGUAGCUGCCUUUGUGGUGGUUGUGUCUCGACACCACGAGCAGCAAUAAAUACAAGCAGAAAAGAGCGUAAAAAAGGUUACUUACGGGUGACUCAACAAUGGCAGCUGCCAGCGUCCAGUAAUGACUAUUGUGAUUAUUUUUUGAAGAA